CAUUACAGAAUAAAACAAAAUCACAACAUUUAAUCGAAUUGCUUGAAGAUUUUGUUGAAGAUAAUGAUGACAAGCAAUAUGAAUCGGAUAAUUCGCAAGAAAUUGAUAGUCUGGAAGAUGAAAAAGAAAAUAGUGAUUCUACGAUUCUUUAUAUACAAAACCCAAAAAUACACCGUAGUAGAGGUCGUUCCAAAGGUACCAAAUGCUUAAAAUCGGCACAUGAAGUAUCAAAAACCUACGGCAAAUCAAUGUCGAUGCAAGAAAUGUGGUGGUUUGGGCCAUUAGCAGAAGAAUUGCAAGAUACUUAA